ACAGAUCAGAGAGGGGAAAGGGUUAGGAGAGGGGGGGCGGUGCAGGGCCCAUCUGUUUCAUGCCUGUCAAGGAGGUUACUCUCACGGCAUUUAUGUCCCACGCAUUAUUUUCACGUGUGGUUGCAAACAUUGAACUGGCACAAGCGUGUCAUCCUUUGGGUCAACAGUGUGGAUCUGGUUGAGGUGAAUAGUAACUGUAAACAAGUCUGAACAAGUCUGAUCUGAUGAUUGCUUAGUAGCCCAUAUGACAAGAUAGACCUGUUUUUUGGGGGGGGGAGAGAGAAAAUCAGUGUAAUUUGGUGGGUGUCCACAGCAUAAAACAGAAGAGCUUCAGUUCCCUCUUUGGUGGCCCGUCUUAGACACAAGGGUUGCAGGAGCUACAGCCAGUUCCCACACUCCUCUCUAAAGACAGGGUCCCUGGAGGGUAGGGCUGAAGCACAGUGGUGAAUAAAUAUGCUUUAGAAGCUUGCCCUGACCAGAACCGGUUUGCUGAGUAAAUGGAGAACAUCAGGCUUCAGAGCCAACCUUCCUCAGUGUGAAAUUCAUCUAAAAGAAAACGAAAACCAACCAAACAAAAUGUAGAGAGGUUAAAUAUUGUCAAUAUUGCAAACAGGCUCUUGGAUUACCUCCUAUACAAUGCUGCAUGUAUUGUUACAUAAACCAAAUGACUGAGAAUAGCAACUCGGGGUAUGGAGAUGAAACAUACUCAAUUAAGUGGCGGUGGGGGGACGGGACUUGCUGUUUCAAGCUAGUCUGCUGUAACUAUUUUAUGUAUUUGCUCCUGUGGUAAGUAGGAGGUAAACUAUCUAAUUCAUGGGUAAACUGCCCAGGAUUAGCUUCCAUUCACUAUGAGAGAGAGCAGACUGAAGAAAGAGUUACUAAUGAUCAACUGACACACAAUUCUUCUCCCUCUCCACUCUUUUAAAUUGGUAUAAUUGCUUCAUCUGUCCAAACCCUCAUUCUAGGUCAGCUGUAUGCAUGGUCAUGUACUAAGUCAGGUGAAAGUCAAAGACGUUAGUUUAAGCCUACAAAGGAAAAGCAGGAGGUGAUUCAUUAGCAAACAUUUUACUAAUGAAAGGCAGUUACGCAGAGAGGCGUAUUUCACAGCUGACAGUGUCUUUAAGAUACCCUUAGGGAUGUUGUAGUAGCUCAUUUACAUGAUAAAGACUUACUGACACCUUAUGGACAACUUGAAAUACGAUUGAUUUUGACAGUUCUGUUUCUGUACCUUAUAUUGGAGGUAUUUUAAUUCCUCCUUUUUAUUGCUGAGAGACAUUAAACAUGAAAACAGGAACUUGGAUGCUGAAAAGCUCAGCUGCUUCUUCUGUUUAUUCUCUACCUACAGUUGCCAUCUUCUGUUUGUGACAUCACACUUAGUGGGUAUGAAAACAGUUGUGACAUCACAAGCUGCAGAUUAUGGCUUCAGGUGGGAAUAAGAUGUGGGAACAGAUGGACCUACAACCUGUUUCCAGGCAAAUGUUCUCUAUAAUAAUAAAAGAAAAAAACAAGCAAUGAAAAGAGGCACAGGUUUUCCUUUGUUAAAAGGUGACUUUGCCUGACAGUUUGAAUCUCAGAUUUGCUGAUAGAUACUUUUACAGAAACUUAGGAGAAAAAAAUGUUUUCCUGAGAGAAAACUAGUCCAUAAAAGGAUGCUUUGGAGGCUGUGGAGAAGGGUGGGGGGUGAUUUCUGCACUAUUUCUGUGAUAUGAUACAUGCUGCAGUUUACCAGCCUCUUGACUGCAUGGAAUUUAUAGCAAAGGAGUCUUAUAGGGAGUAGCAGCCAGGAAGCAAAGCAAUUGCAGAAGAUUUCCAGAGAGAACAAAGGCCCUGAAAGGCAGAGUGGGAAAGCUUUCUUGGGGGGCAGGAGGGUGCAGGGAAUGCCCACGUGCCUGUUCUAGCCAGGCUAAUUUCCCAGGUCCAAGUACUGGAUCUGAGGGAUACUAAAACAAUUAAAGACUGCUACUUAGAGAGGAAGGGAGUGGGAAAUGGCUGGAGGUGAUGGAGUGAGUGAAUGUGGCAGGGGCCACUUCCCCCUACCAGUGCAGAGGCAGGGGUGCCUGGGCUAAGGGGCACUUAAAAUUUGUAAGAAAGUAAUAAAGUUUAUGGGAGGUGAUAGUGCCUUUGUACUUGGCACCGGUUUGGCCUCAUCUAGAGUCCUGUUUAGUUCUGAGGUCCACAUUUUAAAAAGGACAUGGAGAAGUUAGAGAGGUUCCAGAGGGUGACAAAAAUGAUAAAGGGCUUGGAAGGAAGGCAAGUCAUACAAGGAGAGGCUGAAGGAGCUAGGGAUGUUCAGCUUGCAGAAAAGGUGCUUAAGACAGGACAUGAUGGCAGUCUUCAAAUACCUGAAGGGCUGCCAUAAAGAGGAGGGCAAAUACCUCUUAUUUCUUGCUGCUGAGUGUAGGAUGUGGACUAGUGGCUUGAAGUAGAGCAAAGUAUGUUUGGAUUGGAUAUUGAGAAGAACUUCACUGUAAGAGCAGUGAGGCUGUGGAAUAGACUGCCCAGAGUAGUUGUGGACUCUCUAUCAUGGAGGUGUUUAAGCAGAGGUUGGACAGCCACUGGUCAGGGCUGAUCUAGGUGUAGGUAUUUUCCAUGCUUCUGAGCUCUGCUGGUUGCUUCAUGGAGCUGGGAGGAGAUUCUGCCCCAACUUGUACCCCUCCACCAUGUAUCAGGGUAUUUUAAAGUCUUCCUUAGAGGUACUGGGUGUUGGCUACAGCCAAGGCUGUGGACUUUGACUGCGGUGUGCCAGUGCUUCUGCGGGGACUUAAAAGCCAGAGGGGUCAGGAAGGAAUUUUCUCAUAUGGACAGAUCGAUAUGGACUGUGGGGGUUUUUUGCCUUCUUCUGUGGCAAGUGUGUGUGUGUGUGUGUGUGUGUGUGAGAACCUUUACAGCAGCAAGGAUGUUGGUGGUUGUGGUCCCCCUGUUUUACCUGUGACAGGUUAGGGUGUUGUAAGGAUUGACUCUGUAAUUUUGCUAAGAGGUUAGACAGUGGAUUUAUAUAGGAUGGUUUGGAUAGGGAUGAUGCUGCCUCAGGCAGGGGGUUGGACUAGAUGACCUAUGGAGGUGCCUGCCAGCCCUGCUUCUUCAUGAUUCCAGGUAUAACUCAUGCAUUGGUCAUUGGCAUGGCCAGACAGGCCUUGAAAAUUUUCUCUUUGGCAGCAGCUACCUCUGGUGUCUACCUGUAUGGCAACAAGUACGUGGAUCCCAAUGAUUUUGGAAUCAUUCGAGUGGGCAGAGCCAUUGCCACAACAGCUGUUAUAACCUACGAUUACCUUACUUCCCUCCGGGGUGUCCCGCACGGAUCAGAGGAGUAUGACUAUGUCAAAUCACAGGUGCACCUUCGCUCUGCAGAACGCCUCCGGGACCUGUGCUGUGCCAACCGAGGCACUUUCAUCAAGGUGGGACAGCACCUAGGAGCACUAGACUACCUUCUGCCUGAAGAAUACACCUACACCCUCAAGGUGCUGCAUAGCCAGGCCCCACAGAGCAGCAUGCAGGAAAUCAAACAAGUGAUACAAGAGGAUCUGGGCAAAGAGAUUAAAGAGCUGUUUGUGAGUUUUGAGGACACUCCAUUGGGAGCAGCAUCCCUGGCCCAGGUCCACAAGGCAGUGCUGCAGGAUGGGAGGACAGUAGCAGUGAAAGUCCAGCACCCGAAGGUUCAGGCUCAAAGCUCCAAGGAUAUUUUGCUGAUGGAGGUUCUCCUCCUGAUUGUGAAGCAGAUUUUCCCAGACUUCGAGUUCAUGUGGCUGGUGGAAGAAGCUAAGAAGAAUUUGCCUCUGGAGCUAGAUUUCCUCAAUGAAGGCAGGAAUGCCGAACAGGUGGCUCACAUGCUCAAACAUUUUGACUUCCUGAAGGUCCCCAGGAUCUUCUGGGAGUUGUCGACAAGGCGUGUCCUCUUCAUGGAAUUCAUGGAAGGUGGGCAGGUGAAUGAUAGGGCCUACAUGGAGAGGAAUGGCAUUGAUGUUAAUGAGCUCUCUCGCAACCUGGGGAAGCUGUACAGUGAAAUGAUCUUUGUGAAUGGCUUUGUACACUGUGACCCACACCCAGGCAACGUGCUAGUGAAGAAAUGUCCAGUCACUGGCAAGGCCCACAUCAUACUUCUGGACCAUGGGCUCUAUCAGGUCCUGACAGAGAAGUUCCGCUUGGACUAUUGCCGACUCUGGCAGUCCCUGAUCAAGGCAGAUAUGAAGCAGGUGCAGAAGUACAGCCAGCGCCUAGGGGCAGGUGAUCUCUACCCACUCUUCGCAUGCAUGCUUACUGCAAGGUCCUGGGCCUCAGUCAGCCGGGGCAUUGAUCGGUCCCCAGUCACAGCUAAUGAGGAUGUGGAAAUUCGGACCAAUGCUGCUGCUUACUUACCUCAGAUCACCCAGCUCCUCAACAAUGUCCCUCGCCAAAUGCUGCUGCUGCUCAAGACUAAUGAUUUACUAAGGGGGAUUGAGUCAGCCUUACACACAAGGGCCAGUGCCAGCUCCUUCCUCAACAUGUCUCGCUGCUGCAUCAGAGCCAUCUCCAGGUACCAGAGGAGCAGGACAGACUCCCUUUACAGAAAAGCCCAGAUCUCUUUCACAGAAGCCCUGAGCCUGUGGCAGAUCAACUUGUAUGAACUCUACCUGCGACUGAAGGGAUCCCAGCUGGGCAACUGGGUCAUCGCUCUUCUGAGCUGGAUGCACCAUUCUCUGUACUGACAUGAACUUUGGGGAGGAGCCAGGAUGAUUAUCCCCCCAUCUCUGUCCUUCACAGCACACCUGCCUUCCUGACCAUGUCUGUCUGUAACUCCCAGGAGCUCUUUCCUUGUAACAGGUUGUGCCAUCUUUUCCUGUCACAGCAUCAGCUUCUCUCCAGCAGUAAGAGAGGUGGGAGCAUGGAGGGGCUGGGGGCCAGCACUGCAGUGUUCUGUCUGAUGUGGGAAGCAGUGGUAUGAUCCAGUGGGAAAGGCAGGAAGCCUGGGAGUGAGUCCCCAGGUCUGGGCAGAGCCCUUAUACAGAAGUCCUAUGGGUCCAAAUUGGAAAUUAGACCCUCUCUCAAGGUCUUUUUAAUAGCCAGCCUAGAGAGUUUAAGAUUUACACCCCUGCCAUUGAAUUCUCCAGGACACUUCACAGAGCUCCAGAAGGAGGAAAUCAUUCCUUUUAAAAUGCUGUGGAGUUUGAGAGUUGCUACAGAAUCCAAUCGAUCUCAUUGCUGUGAAACCAGACAGGUGUUUUCUCUAAGAGGAAAAAGAUCACAGGGUUAGAGCUGGGGCCUGAAGCUCAGGACUCUUGAGUUUUUUUCCCAGCUUUAGGAGAGGAAAUGGCCUGAAUUGCGAAAGCAAGAGUCUAGGAACCAAAAAAUCAGAUGUCUGUUCCUGUGGAGUCUGUCAAGUUUCUUAACUGCUCCUUACCUCAGUUUCCUGGAAAAUGGGGUAAUGAUACUUGUCCCUCCCUGAAUACCCCAAGGGGAAUGUGCUGGGGGAUGCCAACCCUUAGCUCACAACUCAUUGCUGAUGGUGUAUGCGUAUUGUACUGUACUGUUGCACAGGAAAAUAAAUCGGGAUGUUACAUGAGA